AUGGCGACGCGGGCGGUUGUGAUGGCGGCAGUUGUCAUGCUGGUGGUAGCGGGGGAGGAUGACUGUCCUCGAGGCAGAGCUCUGCGAGAUAAUGGCAGGUUGAACGAAGCAGUGCAGGCCUACUAUGACUGCGUCGUUCAGGAUCCGCGCAGCGUGUCAUCAAGGCACAACCUUGGCAUCGCAUAUCAUUAUCAGGGAAGGCAGGACCUGGCACAGGACCAGCUCAAGUCGGCGCUCAAACUUGAUCCUACCAUCUACGUGUCCUACAUCGCGCUCGGUCAGACCUACAAGGCGCAAGGCAAGUGCGAGGAGAAUGUCGAAUGCAUGUCGGAAGCCCUCAGGAUCGCAGGAACGAGUUCUGCGAGCCAUCAGAUCAGAGACAUGCUCAUCGACUCCUACUUCGACUGCUCAAGUCUGUUCGUGCAGGGCAGCGACAUACGACACACGUCCCUCAACGACAUGGCGCGGAUCCUGUUUGCCGGCCCAUCCGCGUUGUUGACCAGACAGGAGGUGUGGAACAGACUUGGAGGGCUCCUGCUGGGUAUAGGAGAAUGUGAGGGUGCCAUCCGGUGUUUCAAAGUCGCCUGGAGGCUCGGAGCAAGGAACGAUGACCCUUUCUUCGGGGCGGCAAUCUGCUCCAACAAGCAGGGGAUGCAUGACCAAGCAGCGAGGCUCUUCUAUCUUGCUUCAAGGAUGAAGACGUCGAGGAGACCUCUCUGUCUUCUUGGCUCGUUUGUCAAUGCUGCGAGGAUGGCAAGGUGGGAGCUUCUCCUGUCUCAUGCGGAGGCCCUGGCAAGCUACAUGAGCAAGCAAUACAUCUCUAGGAUUCUUCCGAGUCAUCUGUGCGAAACAACCAUGGCAAGGAAAGAUGUCGAUUCCCUUUUGUUCUCUUGUUGUGAUUUCUCGGGGGUCGGCGUUGGAUCGCUCUUGCAGCCUCACGAGUACCUCUUGCUGAACCCGCAGCUCUGCGACUUCCUGACAGCAUCGAUCAUCUACUCCCGAGGUCAGACCGGGCAUCUCAAGUCCGAUAGGCUGCUCGAGGAGGUCCAUGAAGGGAGAAGGAGAGCCAAACAAGGGAAGAGACUUGUAUUGGGAUAUUUCUCGUCGGACUUCGCCGCUCAUGCGACUUCGCAUCUGUUGAAAGGAAGUUUUCCCCUCCACGACAAGGGCAAGGUCUCCUUGCGCUGCCUCAACCUGGGCCAUUCCAACGCCAGUGAGUUCUGGCAGGUGGAGAUCUCAAGAGACUGCAACAUGACCCACGUCGACCCUCUCAUGCCGGUUGACCUUGCCGUCCAGCAAAUCCGACGACUCAACAUCGAUGUCCUCCUCAAUCUCAACGGUUGGACUGCCGGGCACAGAAGUGAUGUCCUCUCGUACAAAGUCGCACCUGUGCAGGCGACGUAUCUGGGAUAUCCUGGGACGAUGGGAGCGAAGUACAUGGACUUCUUCAUCACUGACAUCGUUGCCACCACACCCGAAAUCUCCCUCAGUUUCUCGGAGAAGCUGGUGGUGCUACCGGGCUGCUAUUACAUCAACGAUCAUAGGAGGUAUCACUUUGAGGAGGCAAGGGAGCAGGAAACUUCCGGUCCUGCCGGGUCUCCCUCACGAGAGGAAUACGUAGAAAGACAGCGAAGGUUGCUGGGUUUGCCUGCGAACAAGACGGUUGUUUCGAAUUUCAAUCAGAUGUACAAAGUGAAUCCAGAGACGUUCAAACUUUGGGCCGACAUCGUGAGAGAAGAGGAAACUUCGCUUUUCUGGCAAAUCUUGGAGGGGCCACAAGGCGAGAGGAUCAGUAGGCGCUAUGAACUUCACGCCUCCGCGCAUCGCAUCGCCGCCGAGAAAUUGUUUUGGACGUACAAGACAGAGAUCGUGGAAUUCAUCCGAAGAUGCGGCCUGUCGGACAUCGUCCUCGACACGUUUCCUGUCAAUGCUCACACUGUGGCCAUGGAUGUCUUAUGGAUGGGGACGCCGUUGCUGAGCAGGCCGGGAAUGCUCUUCGCCUCCCGCGUCGCCUCGUCGAUCCUGAGCAGUCUGGGGCAAACGCAGCUGAUUGCUCGAAACGAAGAAGACUUCGUGGAGUUAUCAACGAGCCAAAUUUCAAAUAGAAUUUUCCAAAUCACCAACAAUCAAGGAUUCCCUUCAGUCCGUCUAGGAGAUGGAGGGCAUCGUUCGAUCUCAAACAGCGCUUCCUCAGGUCCAGGGCUUCGCUCGGUCUUGAGGUUGAUACUGACAUGCUGGGGGUUGAUGUUUCCGUCACGCGAGGGGCUGCUUGACGGGCUAGGUUCCAGUUGCUUCGGUCUUGUCUCUGGUGUGGGUUUCCGGUCGGGGCUGAACGCAGUCUCCCUCCUCGAGGCUGUAGGAGAGUCGUUUACACUUGGUGCUGCUGGCCAUGCAAUGGGCCCUGAGGCAGGCAACACAUGCGGCAGCACAACACAUUUUGCCUUGGGGAUUUUCUUGACCAUCCUCACAUUCUUCUCGUGAGAGAAGUAGACCGGGUCUUCUCUGGAGGUGCGAGCUCCUUCUCUGCUAACUGUUCGAUGACUGGACGAGCACUCAAACGCUAGAGUGGCUACCAGGGCAUUCGAAUCCUCAAAAUACUCCCCUGACUUUCGAUUUUUGAUGAAAUUGUUUACGUCCAUGGUCCUUUUCUGUGGGAGGCGA